UGUGAAUUGCGUUUGUAUGAUUAAUUAUCUGUAUUUACGAGUUGCUGACAACAAAACUUUUCAAUGGGAAUUUUAGCGAUAAUAAUAUAAAUUUUAAUUAUUAAAAAAGUAAAAAUGGCCGAAAAAGAAGGCAUCGCAAAUUUAACUAUUGAAGAUACAGAUAAACCUGUGACUGAUACUCCUUUGGAAGUUGAAGUAGAAUCUUUAAAACCAACAAUUGACACUAGUUUAUCAAAUACAGAAGGAUCUCAAUCUCAAUCUAAAGAUAAAACAAAAAUUGAUAUAUUGUUAAAAGCUACUGGAAAUGCACCGAUUAUGAAGAAAAAAAAAUGGGCUGUAAAUCCUGAUCAGCAUAUUGGAUGGAUUUCAGAAUUUGUAAAAAAAUAUUUAAAACUUGAUGUAAAUGAGCGACUGUUUCUAUACAUUAAUCAAACUUUUGCUCCUGCUCCAGAUCAAACAGUCAAGAAUCUUUAUGAUUGUUAUGGAACAGACGGCAAGUUAAUAAUUCAUUAUUGUAAAAGUCAAGCUUGGGGAUAAAUAGUAUAUAUUUUUUAAUUAUAAUUACAAUAGAAUAUAAGUUGAUCGUAUAUUCAUUCAAAUUAGAAAUAUUUAUGAAUAAUUUCAAAUAAUUUUUGUAUCUUAAUGUAAUGAAACUUAUUUAUUGUUAGAAUAAUGUAAUUUCAUUGAUUCUUGAGAUAAUUGUUUACUCCUUAAAUCUUUUGAUUUUAAUUGAUUAUCACUUUUAUUAAAAUUAUCAUGAAAAUCGUUUGUGUUUCGACAAUUAUCUUUAGAAGGUUGAAUAGGAUCAUAAUUACAGGAAUCACUGUUUUUUUUACUAGAAUAAACUGUUUGAAUGCUGUCAAUAUUCGCUACUGAGCGAUGGCUAAUAUUUUCUACGUUUUCUUCUUGACAAUUAUACUUUUGGUUUUUAGUACUGUA